AUGCAAACUUCACUAUUUGAAUUUGCUAGUGUCCUUAUUACAGCUGUAAAAGAAGCGAGUUGUGGCAUCAGUAAAUUUAAAGAAGAAGUUGAAAUAAAAUAUAAAUCUGAUGGAUCAGAAGUAACACAAGUUGAUACUCAGUCACAACAAAUCAUAUUUUCUAUAAUUAAAAAUAAAUAUCCCACAAUUAAUAUUAUUGGGGAAGAAGAUAUUGGAAGUGGAACUCCUAAUAACCAAUUGCCAAUAAUUACACAACUAUCGUUUGAUUCAUUAGAAAAUAAAAUAAUUAAUAUUAAUGAUAUUGUUAUUUAUGUUGAUCCCCUUGAUGGAACAGAUUGUUAUACACAUAAACAAUAUGAUAGUGUUUGUGUUUUGGUUGGAGUAACGUAUAAAGGAAAACCAAUGUUAGGAAUAGUUUCCAAACCAUUUUAUAAUAAUGAAAUAACAUUUGCAAUUGAGAAUUAUGUUUCAUCUAUUUCACUUCAACCAUUAAAUGACAAAAUCAUUUUUGUAUGUAGUAAAAAAAAUGAUAUUCAACACUUAAUUAAUUCAUUUCCUGAUCCUUAUGAAGUUAAAUAUAAAGGUGGUUCUGGUGCUAAAAUGAUGGCUAUUAUUCACCAAGAAGCAGAUAUUUAUUAUCAUCCAUUAAUUCAAUCAUGUACUUGGGAUACACUUGCUGCACAAGUAAUUCUUGAGGCACAAGGAGGAAUGGUUUGUGACAUUUAUGGAAAUCCACUUUGUUAUCCAACUUCAAAAAAAGAAUCUAUGAGACACAAAAAAGGAGUGUUAUGUUUAAGUCCAAGAGCAAAAAAAUAUUUACCUUAUAUGUUAUCUAUUUCAAAAACAAUUUCACUUUAA